AAGUUCCAUCGUCCAGCAGCGUGGUUUUGUGGUUGCUUUUUCGUACGGUUCAUUCAUUCAUUGUACUUCGUUCACAAAAUAUCAAUUUGUGGUUCAAGCUUCGCGUGCGACUGCUCUAGUGUGAAGUGUGCUGCAAAGGAAAAAAAAAGAUCCAGCCCUCAAAAAAUGGCCUCCAAACGAUUGAUUCCCCUGCUGGACCGUGUUCUGAUUCAGCGUGCCGAAGCGCUGACGAAAACCAAGGGUGGUAUUGUACUGCCGGAAAAAGCACAAUCGAAAGUACUGGAAGGUACCGUCAUCGCAGUCGGUCCUGGAGCACGCAAUUCACAAACCGGUCAGCACGUUCCGCUGGCGGUAACCGUCGGCGAGAAGGUUCUGCUGCCCGAGUACGGAGGCACUAAGGUAGAUCUGGGUGACGCCAAGGAGUACCAUCUGUUCCGGGAGGCGGAUAUUCUGGCGAAAAUCGAAUAGAACCAACAGAGCCGUGCCCGACCGAAUGCGAUCCGUGUACGGCAUCCGGCGAACAAAGGGGAGCUGGUUGAGAUUCGGCUCUGAAUUAUGUAAGCAAACUUAGAGUUUAGCGGUACCUCCUGGUGAGAUCUUUAACUGAAUAACAUUCGUUCCGCGUGUAUGUAUGAAUGAGGAUAAUCAAUUGAACGCAUCUGAAACAUGAUUGGUUCGCAUUUAAAUCACUAUUAAGCGACGUGUUUCAGCGAGUACGGCCAAACCGAUUGUGUGGACCACCAACGUUUGCCGUUCAAACGUUGCUGCUCCUGCCAUGAUUGGUUUCGAGCUAUCUUUUUCGUUUGCAGAUUGCUAGGUUGCUGCAAAUGAGGAAGAUUUUUGUUCUAGGCCGAAUGAAAUGAUUGAACGAGAAUAAAGACACAAACUAACUGUUAGGCUUACCGAUAAGUUUGCGUGUGUGCGCUUGUUACAUUUACCGAUAAGAGUACGAUUCUUUAGUUUAUUUUCUGUUUAAUAAAAUGUACA